AGGUGGUUGGCCAUAAAUUGUCCUAUGAAAGAUACGAGGCUUCACAAUGUGCUGCGUUUGGAGAUUAUGCCAUCGAGUGGCCUUACGAAGGAAGAUUUUGAGGGUUCACGAUUCCAAUUCAUCGAAGAGGAAGAUGAGUACGAUGGGUCUGAGCUUGCCGAAGCUUUCCAACAAAUGAAAAGCUACUUGAUAGGGCAGGAGUAGACCUGCGCAUGCGGUGAGCUAUGCGAGGAAGCUCCACCUGCGGUAUUCCCGCUGACGCCUGCUUCCCUUGACUUAUCAAGUAUGGUUAGCUUGCACGAAUCGUUUACGCAUCCUCCCUUCAGAGCCAACUGCCAGCCCCCCAUCAGCACGACAACAAGCUUAGUUUCUACUUCCAUUAACUUCAUACAGACAAACAUGACCCUUCAUGAGAUUCUUAUCGGAAUCGACGACAUCAAAGCCGAACUUGAGAAAAUGACAUCCUGUCUGAAACGCCUCGGAGAGCGAGUUGCACGUAUCGAGGCCGCGCAACAAAGUCACAACGGUUCAGCAUUAUCGGGACAUGCAGUGUCAGACCAGAGUUUCUAUGGGCUGGACAAAAAGUCGAUGGAGUCUUUAUUCUUGAAGCAUAUUUUCAACGAAGAGGAAAGACAGGUCUUCGCAGAGAGUGUUGCUCGCUGUCGUGCUCGCCAAGUACAGCAGACCGUCCCAGCGGAGUUGCCCGGAGAGCCAGAUAUGUCGGCCCUGCAUGUAGAAGAGCAUGCAUCAGCGGCGACCACGGCCCCGCUUGCUUCGCCUUCGGAGGCUAUAGUCGACAACACAGCUUCAGAACUUCAACCUUCCCUCCGAGGUGGUUGGGGCGACGAAGAGGCAGAGGAGAUCCUCUACCAAAAACUGGCCGAUUCCUGUCGCGCCUCCUACAUACGUCUCCGCCUCAGUCCUUUGGAGAUGCAGCUAUCUUCGGUGCUACAAUGCGGUCUCACAUCGGUACGACGGGAGCAUACUCAUUCUACCGACAGCGUUCAGCACCGUGAAUCAAAUCAAGCGACUAAUAUCACCAGCUGUGAGCGGACUUUUCCGCGAUGCUAUACGACAGCACGGUGUGUCGAGACAAGCACUCAAAGUCAGUCGUAACACCAAAGACUACCUGCCCAGUUUUCAGAUUGCCGUCAACACCUAGCCGCUUGGUUGUGUCCUGCUUCGAUGUCAGCAGCUCUCCGUUCGCAAUGUAUAGCCAUGGAAACUCACCAUUCCUCCAGCUCUCAAAAAGCCGGCUUCGGCAAGCGGCGCUUUCGAAGGUCGCGCUUCACGUGGGAUCUGAUUGAUGCCAGGAAGAGACCCAGAAGUGUUCAGACGGCCGUGGGCAUAUGAUUUCCGAUAUCGCUACGGCCUGGGUGGAUUCGGAAGCAGUUGAGAGCAAGUCUCGCGAUUCAGUCAAGCCCGAUUGUCUCGCUGGCACUGGGUGCGACGGUGAAUGCAGCCUUUGCGGCAGUGAACGUUAGGACAAACAUCAAAACACUGUCUGUUUAACAAAAUUCUUGUUC